AUGUCUGGACGUGGAAAAGGAGGCAAGUCGAAGAGCGGAGGGAAAGCGAAGUCGCGUUCGUCCCGAGCUGGGCUCCAGUUCCCCGUCGGUCGUCUGCAUCGCAUGCUCCGCAAGGGAAACUACGCCUCUCGCAUCGGAAGUGGGGCUCCCGUCUACCUGGCCGCGGUUCUCGAGUACCUCGCCGCUGAGGUGCUCGAGUUGGCGGGUAACGCCGCCCGUGACAACAAGAAGACCCGGAUCAAUCCCCGUCAUGUGCAGCUUGCCGUUCGCAACGACGAGGAGCUGAACAGACUGCUUUCCGGCGUCACUAUCGCCCAAGGAGGAGUGCUGCCGAACAUCCAGUCCGUUCUUCUGCCGAAGAAGACCGCUGAAGAGAAAGCAUAA